CAGACACAGUGAGGAGUGGCAGUGCUGGAAAAAUAAAGUCCACCCUUGUAACAACCCAGAGUAAGUUGUGGAGAGAAUCUGUGGGAGGGGAAAAUGUUCUGAGUCCCUGAAAAGGUGUACAGGAGUAAACCCAAUCCUAUUCACCUCGCCGAACCGGUUCUUUUUUUUAUUGGCAGAGCAAAUUUUUUUCCGAAAGCGUUCAACUCGUAUUCCACGCCGGAUGUGGCGAAGCAUUCGCAAAAGGCAAAGGGCUGCGAAACACAACAGGGAGAAAGAGGAAACAAAUACGUUUCUUUCGGAAUUUCGAUCAGGAAAUCGGCAAACAAUUCCCCUUUUUUACCGUAUUUGUAAGUGGCAGUGAUCUGGCAUCAAUCCCAAUCCAUCUCCCAUCCAUCCAUCUAUCCGUCUCCAUCCACCUCCCAUCCAAUGGCCGAUUCGGAUUCUGGGAGCACGCUGAGCAACUUGGUGCUACUCUUCAUCUUCUCUCUCUUCUCCUGGAUUGCCUCUUUGCUCAUGGUCUUCGGAGGUGCGGCUCCUUACAUUCCGCAGUAUCGCCACAUACAGAGAAGCGGCAAUCCCGAGGGUUUCUCCACAUACGUGUGCCUGAUGCUGUUGGUGGCCAACAUCCUCCGCCUCUUCUUCUGGCUUGGAAGACACUUUGAGCUCACUCUCCUGUGGCAGAGUGUGGUGCUGAUCAUCACCAUGUUGGCCUUGCAGCAUUUGUGCUGUUCGCUGGAGACGUCAACCAGAGUUAGCACCAAGAAACAUUUUUUCACAGAUUUUGAGCCGAGAUACUUUUGGAACUGGAGCCGUUUUGUGGAUUACGUGCAGUUCUGUUUGUUCUUCAGCGUGUUCUGCCUCGUAAUUACUUACCUCCUGAUCGACUCCCAGCUCUACGUGGAAUCUCUUGGCUUCGCCGCUGUCCUCACUGAGGCUAUGCUUGGCGUGCCUCAGCUUUUACAGAACUUCAAGAACAAAUCCACAGCAGGAAUGAGUGUGAAGAUGGUGCUUUUGUGGAGUCUGGGCGAUACCUUCAAGACAGCGUACUUCAUUAUUAACGACACUCCCAUGCAAUUCUGGGUUUGUGGAAUUAUACAGAUUUGCACUGACAUCGCAAUCUUCCUACAGGUGUUCAUCUAUGGGCAAGGGACGCCCAAAAAAUAUUUCUAAUAGAUCUGGAAUGGGAACCGAGUUAACAGCUACAUUAAACCAUUUUUGUGCUGUGUGAGAUGUGGCCAGAACAUUGCCCCUUUCUUACUCUAUGCUGGGUGAUCUGUUCAGAUCAUCGGAAGUGCCUAGAACUAAAGAUUUUCUUGCCGUCAUUCCUUACAGGAUUCGUUCUAUCGCACAGUGCUUCUGUGUUUACCGCAGCGGAUUGCGUUUUCAGUGUGCAAUGGAAAGGACGCAGCUUUCAAUGUCUUUUAUAAAUUAUUAAGAGGCCCAGAUAUAUACAGUACCACCAUAAAGGCCCAAUUAGAUAAAGUGGUGCAGGAAACAAGGGAAUAGUUAUUGAAGCUUACGUAAGUCUUAACACAAAGCAUCUUGUUUGCAUUGUGUGUCAAAUUCUAGGUCAAAUAUUUUGUUACCAGUUACGCAUGAUAACCCGGAGAGUAUCUGUAUGUUUUAUAAAGAUUUAGCAUAUUAUUAGAGUACUUAAUGAUAAGUAGUAUUUGCAUACUUAUUGAUAAGCUACAACCAGGAGACAGUGAAAAGUGGGAUGCUGGAUAUGUGGAAUAUUUCGAUUAUGUUCCAAUGCAGUGUUUUGUAUGAAUAUUUAUCCAUUGCAGUAUUUGUCCAGCUAAAAUUGCCUAACCUAUUACAGUUGCACCUCGCAUUCUGCCUUGGAUUGCUGCAAAUCAGCUUAGCUUUGCCAAAUAUUUGAUCCUUUACGGAAGUAAGAUAAAUGGCUCUUUGAAUCAUCUCAUGACAAUCAGCAGCUAGACCAAAAUAUGUACAACAACUUGCAUUUAUAUAGUCCCCUUCAUGUAAGGUAGCAUUGUGAUGCGCUUUACAAUGGUAGCUGCCUAAAAGAGAGAUAACCUAUAAGAUGUGUUAUAACCUUGAUGCCUGCAUGUUCCACAUUUUAUAAGCAAGUUCCUCAGUAAUUUGUGUGUCAGCCUGGCUCAGUCGGGUAGCACUCUUACCUCUGAAUCAAACGGAUUGUGGGUCCAAGCCCCAUAAUGGGGGGUUGAACUCAUUCAGUCUAGGCUUACACUCCAACCAAUGCAGUUCUGGCUGCAUACUGCAGUGUUGGAGGUGUCACACAUCUGGUCAGACGUUAAACCGAGCUCCAAGUGGACGUAAAUGAGCACUAUUUGAAAAGAGAAGGGAUUUUGAAAUAAUAUUGGUUGUGGUUGUUUGUGGGCCUUUGCUGUGCUCAAAUUGGCUACCUUAAUUUCUUGCACAAUACAAUCUCCAUUCUUUACAGUGGAUCGUGAAGCUCUUUGAGACAUCCUCCCAUUCCUAAAGGCGCUGUAUCAAAUGCAAGGUUUAUUAUUAUUAUUAUUUCUAAAAGAUUAAUAAGUCUUCACCAAUUGUGUGUGGAUUACAUUAUCUGUGCUUCCUGUCAGCCACCUGGGGUCCAGUUUGCGAGACACGUAGUCAACGUGACCUGGUUGUGACAUCAAAUCAACACCAAACACAAACUUCCUAUGAUUUCUCUGGAGGUCUGUAAUAUACAUAUAAACAAAUGUUUUGAUGAGGUUUCUGCGGUUCUAUUGCAAGCGACUCACUGAAAUAUUUAUGUUGGUUUUUUUUUAACCUUGGGUCAAAUAUAUUUGAGUGUAUAUCAGCGGUUGUCUUGCUCCCUUCCAGAUAUUUUAUUCAGGGUUUAUUAUUCUGCUAAAUAUUUUUGUUAUCGUUAAAAAAAUAUGGUGUUGUAUAU